AUGGCUGAACACUGACUCAGAAAUAACAUCAAGACUAACGACCUCCGACCAGGAGAGAAGUUAAGAGAAUGAUACAUGAAACCACAACCUGAGUUUGACUCAGAAUCACCAUGCCCGACUGAAGAAUCUAGCAUUGUUCUAUUUAAUGCAUUAGAAACUUCACUAAGUAUGGACAAUAGUGGGUCAUGGAAAUAAUAGCCAUGACAGCAACUAUCUUGAACCAAAAAGUAUUCAAAGAGAUGAUAACAGAAAUACUAGUAUUUUUAAUACAACAAACAAGAGACAUUCAACUUUCCCCGACCAGCCUUGAAGACAGGAUCUCAAAAUUGCUACCAUUUUUGAUGAUGAAACAUACUCUAAACUCAAAUGAAAUGCUUUGAGCUCGCUUCCUAAAUUUAAAAAAGAGAUCCAGAGUGCCUUACCCAAAGAAAAUAAGAACUAUAAAAUUUUCAAAAAUAAAAGAUUCUCUUGUAACCAUCUAUCUUCGAAGCCGGAAAAUAGAUUACUAAGAAAAUCGAAGGAAGAAGAAUGUAAAUCCGAUGAAAUUUCAAGCUCAAGUAAAUCAGAUGACCGCACUAAUUCAGAAAGUGGAGAGAAUCGUAAAAUUAACUCGAUCCAGGUCCUUUCUAAAGGCAUGGCCUUCAGAUCACAGAACAAUCCACUGAAGCUUGGAAAUAAUAGCUUAAAAGCUUCCAAAGUUUAUUCUUCCUGCGUUAAGUCUCAGAAUAAGCUUCAAAAUUCAUUAAUUUUUGAAAAAUCCUCUAAAGUAUGCAGCAUGGUGAAUAAGAAUUUUGACCACGGACCUAAUUUCAGUGCUGAAAAGAGCUAUAAUAGCAGUUCUUUCCUAAAUAUCUCCACUCAUCAUAACUCUUCAAGCUCAUAUGCGCUAACACCAGAGUACAAGAUCCCUAAGAAGACUAAAAAGGUCUGACCGGGCACCACAAAAUCUAGUACAAACUAUCUAAACAAGGGAGGAUGAAGGUUUGAAUAUUUUAACAAGUCCAAGAACUUCAAUAAAAAUUGUACAAAAUAAGAAACUUUUUGCUCCCAACAAGGAGUAUUCCUCAACUAAGAAGGAUGUCGAAGUAGCUGUUAUAAGGAAAAAGUACGAUAUCAGUAAAUCCAUCCGAUCCUUCUCAAAGUCUUCAAGGAAUAGUGCAGCCCAUUCUGCAAGAAAAUAAGAGUAUUAGCACAAACAGGAGUAUGAAAUUAGGAAAAUGUAGAAGUUCUUCAAAAAUUGCAAACCAAAAGACUCGUUCGAAGAUAAGCUCCAAAAGCUCAAGGAAGUGCCAGUAUCUAUCUGACUCAAAAUCUCACAAAAAGCUAUCCUAUUACACUCAGUCCGGCUGGAUCAAGCCUGCUCAAAAGAGCUAUCUCAAAAGCAUUAUCUCAAAAAACCAAAGUUCUAUAUCUAAAAGCUCUCAAAAGAGAUCCUUAAGUCGAAGACACAAUAUGCAAGGCAGAAAUCUAGAUGAGGCAAAGAAGUACGAAUCCCUUCUAUCUUUAAGGAAGGCUUCUCUGAAGACAAAGAAGAAUAGCUCAUUGUUAAAAUCCCUCAAGUCUGUUCAUAACUAAUAAAUACCCUUGCAGUCGUAAAUAAUCAAUAUUAGUACA